GUCACCUUCGUCCAACAUGGCGGACACGGAAAACACAAACAUGGACUCCGAUAAGAAGAAAGGUUCUAAUGCGCUUAAACGCCGCGUAGGAGAAGAUUCACACCGACAGGAGACACCCAAAGACGAGAAAGAUAUACCUGAAAGUUGCACCACCGCGGAGUAUUGCGAGAAGUUACAGGCGUGGAUGUGCCAAUAUUCCACCGGCUUUGUGACUUGGCAGAGCUGGCUGGCGGCGUCAGCAGCCAUGUCCUAUCCGUGUGUUUUCCAGUCGGUCAACGGGACGUCGACGGCGCGUCUCGAUCACAACGCUCAGUACUACGGUGUUCCCUUGUCGCUCAAUGCGGCCGCCUCCGGCUCCCCGAGUAGCCGAGGAGGUGAAGUCGCGGGCGGGGCUGCAGUGCCCACUCAGCCGCAGCAGCUGCCACAGGAGAAUGGAAACGCGCGCAGGCCAGGUCGAGAGUACACCAUCCCCUCACCUCUCCAAAGACUCCUUGCUGAAAUUGUGGACUUCUUCAUUCUGUUUUUCAUCAAAGCGACCAUUAUCAUCAGUAUUAUGCACCUGAGUGGAAUCAAGGAUGUGUCCAAGUUUGCAAUGCAUUUUAUCAUCGACGAAAUAGAUGAGGAAACGUCAAUGGAGGAGUUGCAGAAAAUGAUGCUGUUUGCUCUUGUAUACCCAAUAUUAGUGUGCUUUUAUGAGAUUGUGUGUAUUUGGGGAGCUGGAGGAGCAACCCCUGGAAAAUUCCUCAUUGGACUUCGAGUUGUGACAUGUGACUCAUCAGUUCUGGUUCAGCCCAACCGGGUCCUCGUGGUGCCGGCAACAGACGUGUCUCUGUCCGCAUCAACUGUGCGAGCCCUGAGCAAGAACUUUUCAAUCGCUUUCUUCUUCCCAGCUUUUGUCACGCUUCUGUUCUUCCAGCACAACAGGACUGUGUACGACAUGGUCGCUGGCACCAUUGUUGUCAAGCGCUCUAGGGUCAGAUGACCCAGACGAGCAUCGCCGCCACCUGCAGAGCGCACCGCGUCAAGUGUUUGACACUAAAUAUGAGCAGAACUUAUUUCUGGUUCAUGUGCACCAGGGCUCCAUAAUGAGGGCAGAGACGGUCUUUUGGAUCGCUGAGCCGCAACCUGCACUUGGUUUGUGUCUGACCAAACGGCUGCAUGGGUCUUUGUGCCAAGUUCACGUCUCUUUUUCAAAUAUGACGGGGGGUGAGAUUUGCCUUUUUUUUAAUACUAUUGUAGAUCUGGGGUGAGUGUUUGUUCGCGCUAUAUUUCAGUUCGCAAUCUAUUUAUUUGUAGCACGCUAGCCUCAGUGUCAGUGAAAUAAUAAUUUGAAACAUGGGGCCUCUUGGUUUAUUGUUUCAGGUGCUCAAGUACUUCUGUUUUUCAAAGGCACAAUCUGUGUUUUGAAACUUGGACUCUUCCUCAUCUUGCCACGUUCUGGCAAUCCGCAUGAUUUUAUGAGACAGACUAAGCUAUUGGAAGGCAAUUGAAAAACUCUUGCGAUUGAAUUGGACUACAGUGUAGCCUCUCAGGCAAUGGUGCCAAACUCAAGGCCGGGGGCCAGAUCUGGCCUGCCAUAUGAUUUUACGUGGCCCAUGAAAGCAAAUUGUGUCCAUUUACUUCAUUUUUCUUACUAAAAUAUAGAAUUUACAUAUUGUUUUCACUUUUAAAAAUGUUGCGAUAUUGCAUGCAUUUUAUUUUGUUUUUUAUCAAUUCCCCCUUUAAUAAAUAGGUGCAACAUUUGAACAACUUUUAAGGCCUUUGCUUUCAAAAGUAGUAAUUCAUCAAUUUGUUGUGUAUAUGUAAUAUGAGGCUAGCAUACAUUUAUUUGCGUUCAUAGUCAUAGCAGCCCUUCAAGGAAACCAUAACUGAUGUGGCCUGUGACAAAAAUCUGUUCGACACUCCGGCUCGAAGGUCAUACGCAAUCAGUUUAGGAAUGCAGCCGUACGUGUGGUUGAGGAACUUAUAGAAAUCAUUUGUACCAAGGCCAAACUGUUGCAUCAUAAAAUCUUUAUCAAGGAUACAGGCAAAGCUCUAAGCUACAUUUUCACAACGAUCAUGCAAGUGUUAACGGAAGUGAACCACUCCUAAUAUUUAAAUGUAACAAAAGUGAGUCUUUCGUGACCAAGAAUAACAAAGUGAAAAUAAUUCACAUAAGCUUUUCUAUUUGUAGCUUUCUUUACAAAAACAAGCCAAGUGGCAAAAGACGUAAACCAUUGUUAAAGGUAAAAUAAAACACUCUUUGUUUUAAGUGACAAUAUGGCACUGGAGUCUUACUGCUUUGAAUGUGAGUCUGCUUACUUUGUGUAAAUGCAAUGAGGCCAAGGCAGAAGUGAAUUGUGACUUUUGAGGAUUUUUUUUUCUAAUAACCAUUGCAUGACCUCGGGGAUACUUGACUUUUGCCGUUCCAACCUGAAGCCCAGCGGUCUGGUCUGCUUACACUUUUUUGACCCCCCCCCC